AUGGCUAGAACCAAGCAAACCGCUAGAAAGUCGACUGGUGGUAAGGCCCCAAGAAAGCAAUUGGCUUCCAAGGCCGCCAGAAAAUCUGCCCCAUCCACCGGUGGUGUCAAGAAGCCUCACAGAUAUAAGCCAGGUACCGUCGCUCUAAGAGAAAUCAGAAGAUUCCAGAAAUCUACCGAACUCUUGAUCAGAAAGCUACCUUUCCAAAGACUUGUACGUGAAAUCGCUCAGGACUUCAAGACCGACUUGAGAUUCCAGUCGUCUGCCAUCGGUGCUCUUCAAGAAUCCGUCGAAGCCUACUUGGUCUCGUUGUUCGAAGACACCAACUUGGCUGCUAUCCACGCCAAGCGUGUCACCAUUCAAAAGAAGGACAUUAAGUUGGCCAGAAGAUUGAGAGGUGAGAGAUCUUAA